UCCUUUCCUCAGCUGCCGCCAAGGUGCUCGGUUCUUCCGAGGAAGCUAAGGCCGCGUUGGGGUGAGGCCCUCACUUCAUCCGGCGACUAGCACCGUGCCGACAGCCCACAACAUGGCUUCCGUCUCUGAGCUCGCCUGCAUCUACUCCGCCCUCAUCCUGCACGACGAUGAGGUGACGGUCACGGAGGAUAAGAUCAAUGCCCUCAUUAAAGCAGCUGGUGUCAAUGUUGAGCCUUUCUGGCCUGGCUUGUUUGCAAAGGCUCUGGCCAAUGUCAACAUUGGGAGCCUCAUCUGCAAUGUAGGGGCUGGUGGGCCUGCUCCAGCAGCAGGAGCCGCCCCUGCUGGGGGUCCUGCUCCAUCCACUGCUGCUGCCCCCGCUGAGGAGAAGAAAGUGGAAGCAAAGAAGGAAGAGUCCGAGGAGUCGGAAGAUGACAUGGGCUUUGGUCUUUUUGACUAAACUGCGUUUGUUAACAUGUCCAAUAAAGAGCUGGACCUGUA